CCUUAAGCCAAAGUCUGCAGAAAUAAGAAUGGAAAGCAAAGAGUUCUAUCACCAUCUCCCAAAAGUGGAACUACAUGCCCACAUCAAUGGGUCCAUCAGUGAGGAGACAAUUAACAAACUACUGAAGAGGAAAGGACGAGAAGAGGAGAUAUCAAAAGUGAAAUUUGGUAAAGAACAGACAGAACCAUUAGCAGAUUCAUUCAAAAGGUUGAAGUUGAUGCAAACACUAUCAGAUUGUGCAGAAGACAUUUAUAUUAUAACUUGUGAUGUGAUUAAAGAAUUUGCUGAAGAUAAUGUAAAAUAUCUUGAGCUGAGGAGUACCCCAAGGGAAAUAACUGCUACAGGACUGAGUCGUGAUUUAUAUGUAGAGGCUGUGUUAAGGGCUAUAAAAGAUACGGCUCACCUAGACAUUAUUGUCCAUUUUCUCCUCUCAAUCGACCGUCGACUUGGAGUGGAUGUUGCACGAACAACUAUGGAACUGGCAGAACGGUAUCGGGAUGUCAGCAAUGGAGUUGUAAUAGGGCUUGACUUCAGCGGAGACCCAAAGGUGGGAGAUGCCAGGGACUACCUGCCUGUGUUCAUUGAGGCCCACAAUAGGGCGCUGAAGCUUUCCUUACAUUUGGCUGAGGUGGCUGCCCCUGAGGAAACAAAAGAUAUACUAAAGGAGUUAGGACCGAGAAUCGGUCGGAUUGGUCACGGGACAUGUCUACAGCCUGAGUGUGGUGGUAAUCAGGCUCUCGUCGACCUGGUACUACAGCACAACAUUCCUCUAGAAUUGUGUUUGACUUCAAACGUCAAAGGUCAGACUGUGCCAAACUAUGAUCAACAUCAGUUCCAGUUCUGGUACAAUAGGAGUCAUCCCUGUAUCAUAGGGACCGACGACAAAGGCAUGUUCGACACCAGUCUGUCGGAGGAAUACGCCAUAGCGGCUCGGACGUUUGAACUGGACCGAGAAUCGGUAUGGAGGCUUUCUCUCUCAAGUAUAGACGCCAUUUUCGCUGAUGACGAUGUUAAACAGAUGCUUAGGAAUAAGUGGCAUGAACUAAAACCAAGCCUGAACAUCACCUAACGCUGACGUACUAAUGUUCAUUCUUCCUCAUACACUGACUGGAGAUGAUACCGGUUGCAUUAAUCAGUCGAUGAUGGCACCGCUCAUUACCAUUGUCAACGAAUAUGCACUAUUUCUAUAGCUACUGGUAACAAAGGAGAUAGCAAUGUCAUAACUUCUGACCACAGAGAAGGCGAAAUAGCUACCGACAACACUGAAGGCGAUAUUGCCAUAACUACCGACAACACUGAAUGCGAUAUUGCCAUAACUACCGACAACACUGAAGGCGACAUUGUCAUAGCUACCGACAACACUGAAUGAGACAUUGCCAUAACUACCGAAAACACUGAAGACAACAUUUUCAUAACUACCGACAACACUGAAGGCGACAUUGUCAUAGCUACCGACAACACUGAAGGAGAUAUUGCCAUAACUACCGACAACACUGAAGACAACAUUGUCAUAACUACCGACAACACUGAAGGCGACAUUGCCAUAGCUACCGACAACACUGAGGACAACAUUGCCAUAACUACCGACAACACUGAAGGCGACAUUGCCAUAGCUACCGACAACACUGAAGGCGACAUUACCAUAACUACCGACAACACUGAAGACAACAUUGUCAUAACUACCGACAACACUGAAGGCGACAUUGCCAUAGCUACCGACAACACUGAAGGCGACAUUACCAUAACUACCGACAACACUGAAGGCGACAUUGUCAUAACUACCGACAACACUGAAGGCGACAUUGCCAUAGCUACCGACAACACUGAAGGCGACAUUACCAUAACUACCGACAACACUGAAGGCGACAUUGUCAUAACUACCGACAACACUGAAGGCGACAUUGCCAUGACUACCGACAACACUGAAGACAACAUUGUCAUAACUACCGACAACACUGAAGGCGACAUUACCAUAAAUACCGACAACACUGAAGGAGACAUUACUAUAACUACCAACAACACUGAAGGCGACAUUGUCAUAACUACCAACAACACUGAAGGCGACAUUGCCAUAGCUACCGACAACACUGAGGACAACAUUGCCAUAACUACCGACAACACUGAAGGCGACAUUGUCAUAACUACCAACAACACUGAAGGCGACAUUGCCAUAGCUACCGACAACACUGAGGACAACAUUGCCAUAACUACCAACAACACUGAAGGCGACAUUGUCAUAACUACCAACAACACUGAAGGCGACAUUGCCAUAGCUACCGACAACACUGAGGACAACAUUGUCAUAACUACCAACAACACUGAAGGCGACCUUUUCAUAAUGCAACCAAAGAAAUCCGCUUCGAAAGUGGCACACGAGUACUUGGUAUAAAAUUACACAGGAGAGGAGAACUGGACACAAAGUACUCACAUGAUACCUUGGGACUGAUAAAGUAUUAUAUCAGGUUUGAAUGGACAUGUAUUUCUCGUUAAAAGUUUGCUUAUAUCUCGUCCAUAAAUAUCAGUGGUACAUAAAUGUUCCCGUUAUCAUGAAA